AUGGAUACUAAUGAUGACCCCAAUGAAGACCAUCUUACAAGUUAUGAUAUUCAGCUCAGUAUUCAAGAAUCCAUUGAAGCCAGCAAGACUGUAUUUUACCCUGAAAGAUUUGUACCAUUAAGUGAUCAAAACAGAAAACUUGUAGAGGCCAUAAAACAAGGUCACAUUCUUGAGCUCCAGGAGUAUGUGAAAUAUAAAUAUGCAUUGGAUGAAGCUGAUGAAAAAGGAUGGUUUCCAUUGCACGAAGCUGUUGUUCAACCCAUUCAACAAAUACUUGAAGUUGUUCUGGAUGCAUCCUAUAAGACACUCUGGGAGUUCAAGACCCCUGAUGGAGAAACGCCCUUGACUUUGGCAGUCAAAGCUGGUCUGGUGGAAAAUGUAAGAACUUUACUAGAAAAGGGAGUGUGGCCAAAUACCAUAAACGACAAAGGAGAGACGCCCCUUCUGAUUGCUGUGAAAAAGGGCUCCUAUGACAUGGUGUCUGCUCUACUUAAACACAACACCAGCCUUGACCAGCCCUGUGUCAAGCGAUGGUCGGCAAUGCACGAAGCAGCCAAGCAAGGCCGCAACGAUAUCAUAGCCCUGCUACUAAACCACGGAGGCAAUGUCCACCUGAGAGACGGAUUCGGAGUCACGCCGUUAGGUGUUGCCGCCGAGUAUGGUCACUGCGAUGUGUUGGAACACUUAAUCCACAAAGGCGGGGAUGUGUUUGCUUUGGCGGAUGAUGGGGCAUCAGUGCUGUUUGAGGCAGCAGGAGGGGGCAAUCCUGACUGCAUUUCCCUCCUGCUGGAAUACGGAGGAAGCGGAAAUGUACCUAACCGAGCAGGACAUCUUCCUAUACACCGAGCUGCCUAUGAGGGACAUUACCUUGCACUGAAAUAUCUUAUCCCAGUAACAUCCAAAAAUGCAAUCCAGAAAAGUGGGAUGACGCCAAUUCACUCAGCAGCAGAUGGACAAAAUGUACAGUGCCUAGAACUACUCAUUGAAAAUGGUUUUGAUGUCAAUACCCCGCUUGCUGACCACGUUUCUGAGAGCUACGAUGACGAGCGGAAGACAGCGCUGUAUUUUGCUGUUUCUAAUAAUGAUAUUCAUUGCACAGAAGUCCUUCUGGCUGCAGGUGCAGACCCAAACCUAGAUCCCCUCAACUGUCUGCUUGUGGCAGUGAGGGCCCAUAGUCAUGAAAUUGUCCGGCUGCUUCUCUCCCAUGGAGCUAACGUCAAUUGUUAUUUUAUGCAUGUGAAUGACACUCGCUUUCCCAGUGCCAUUCAGUAUGCCCUAAAUGACGAGAUAAUGCUGAGGCUGUUGCUGAAUAACGGCUAUCAAGUGGAGAUGUGCUUUGACUGCAUGCACGGGGACAUCUUUGGAAAUUCGUUUGUGUGGUCGGAGAUAGAGGAAGAGGUACUGCCGGGAUGGACAUCUUGUGUGAUAAAAGAUAACCCGUUCUGUGAGUUUAUUACAGUUCCUUGGAUGAAACACUUGGUAGGCAGCGUUAUUCGUAUAUUAAUAGAUUACAUGGAUUAUAUCCCUCUGUGUGCUAAACUGAAGUCUGCACUAGAAGUACAGAGAGAAUGGCCAGAAAUCCGUCAAAUACUAGAGAAUCCUUGCUCAUUAAAACAUUUGUGUCGGUUAAAAAUUCGAAGACUUAUGGGACUCGAGCGACUCUGCCAGCCAGCCUCAAUGGAGAAGCUUCCACUACCGCCGACUGUUCGAAGAUACAUAUUAUUUAAAGAGUAUGAUCUCUAUGGACAAGAACUGAAAUUGCCAUAA